AAGGAACAGGGAAAGUAACAGGGAAAGGGAAAGGGAAAGGAACAGGAAAACAGUAGAGGACAUGGAGCUGUCUCCAUGGUGCUGAUGCAUGAGAUUUAGUAAGACAAUUUCUUAAAGAUAAAAUCCCAUUUGCAGCUCUCUCUAACCUUCAUCUGCAAUCUCUAAGGUGACCUGUCUGGGAAGUUGGAUCAGACGCAGUAGGUAAAGCCUUGAUGCUGCAUCCACACACUGUUGAUUUCCCAGUGUAGAGGGUCUCCCAUCCAGCACCAGGUACACACAGAAAAACCCAGCAGCCCCCAAAAUGGCAACACAAAGCUGGUGGAUGGGGAGAAGAAAAGGAAGGGGGUGACGUGGCCAGCUCCCACUGACAAGAUCAUCGUGGGACAUGUGAGGGGAAGCUGUCACUGAUGAGAUGAGAUUGUGAGAGGAGUCUCCUGACCACGGGACCCAUUCUCAGGGCACAGGUCUGCUCCGUGGCACAAGGGAGGAGGCUGAAGCAGAGCAGGGUGGCCCUGGCAUCUGUUGCCAGCCCCUUUCUCCUGGUGAGCCUGGCCCUGCUGAGACCCCAUGUGCUAGAGUUGUUUCCAGGAGCUCCGGGAGGCAGUGCUGGGAGAGGGACAAGGUGGCCACCCAGAGCAGGAGCUUCAGCAUGGCAGAGACCAGCACAACAGACUUCUCUCUGAACUACACAACUUCUAGACGUCUGAACUCUUCUGGAAAUGACAUGGACAUGUGCUUCGUAUUACCUUUUGACAUUCUGGUCUUUUUAGGUGUCUGUAUGGGGAUUUCUUUGUGUGGAGUUGUGACGAAUGGGAUAGUCAUUUGGUUCCUGUUUUCCCACAUGAGGAACCCCUUCACUGUCUACAUCCUAAAUCUGGCUGUUGCUGACUUCUCUCUGCUCUUCCUCCUUUCUCUGCUCAUGUCGGCAUUUUUGAGCUUAACAAUUUGUUCUCUCUUUAAUCAUAUUUUUUAUUUCUAUAUGAAUCUUCAAAUUAUACUUGGAUUUCUGUGCCACUUCUUUGACCUCAGCAGCCUGGGUCUACUUACAGCAAUUAGUGUGGACCGGUGUGUCUCUGUUUUCUUCCCAAUCUGGUAUCGUUGCUAUCGCCCCAGGCACUUGUCUGGCAUUGUGAGUGGGUUGCUCUGGGCUUUUGCUGGAGCUUUUGUUUCCUCAAUGUAUCUUGGCCUUUACUUUGAUGUGCCACAUGAGAAAGCAUUUGGAGGUAUAGCCAUUGCAAUCACUGUGACUUUAUCAUCAGUGAUGUUGAUUUCCAACCUGUCCCUGUUCAUCAAACUCCGAUGUGGCUUUCAGAGACGACACCCAGGGAAACUCUAUGUUGCUGUCCUGCUCAAUGUCAUCUUCUUCUUUGUCCUUGCUAUUCCUUUCAGCAUAGAGGUAUUCCUCAAUCUUAAUCACAGAUGGCAUCUAUUUCCUAACCAGGUACCUUUUUUGCUGGCAUUGCUGAACAGCAACACCAAUCCCAUUGUUUAUUUCCUGGUGGGCAGCUGCCGGCGACGGCGGAUCCAGGGCUCUUUGAAAGCUGCCUUCCGUCGAGUGUUCGAAGAGAAGGCAGUGAGCGAGGAGGGGAGCCGCACACCCAGGGACACGGCGGUGGAGGCCGCUGUGUGAGGCCCCGCUGGGGAGGAGGCCUGGAGGCACGGAGCCUGGCAGGCAGCUCGGAGCCUGCUUGCUGCAGGGAGGGACCAUGGCUGGAGCUGGGCAGGGGGCGCGUUUGACACGGAGCUGGCACGGCACUGCUAGGCCAGGCUCAGUCCCCACACGCGGGCUGUCUUCCCCACUGCAAUGCCCCUUGUUGUGCUGGUCCUAUGAAUAAACUCUGGCUCGCUCUGGUCA